UCUGUGAAUUACCUAUGGCCAUUGACUGCCGUCAAUGUCUACAAAAGCAAAAGUACAAAAAUAACCUUUCAGUUUUAACUAAAUAAGAUUUUUUUGUGAUUUAACUAAACAAGUUUGGAAAAAAGUAAUCGUUAUUUCUGUUAAACGAAGGAGAAAAUAAACAAAAUAAAGGAUGAACCAGGCUGACGUAACAAAAUUAGUUUCUAAGCUGCGAAUCAAGAUACCUCCUAAACAUAGGCGCCUAAGCGAUCCACAGGGUCCCGAAGGAAGAAUAAAUAAACUUCGUAAAACUGUAACUGGAUUGAUUAAAUAUGAGAGAAUUGAGCUAAAUUAUAGUAGAGCUGAUGAAGCCCGCCAGUAUGCCGAACGGUUAAUAACAGAAGCAAUUAAUCAUGGGGAUUGUCAUAAGCCUACAAUGGAAAUGGCUGACUAUUGGCUACUAGAGAAACAAUUAGUUCAUAAACUAUUUAAAGUCCUAGUUCCUCGUUUUGAAAAUAGUAACUCUGCAUAUACAAGGAUGUUAAAAGCACCAAAUCCUGCUUAUGGACGUAUUAUAGACAAAGCUGUAUUGGAAUUGCGAGGGAAUCCUUUUCCAACACUACAAAAUAAACAAGCCAACAAUAGGCAAUUGCUCCAAAAUAUACUUUUGGAUGCAGCAAAAUAUGACUAUAGACAAGCAAAGUAUGCUGAAAUGGCUGAGAAAAUAUCAAAUUCAGAAAAAAGCCAGCCAAUCGAAAAUAAAACUAUAAAAUCAGUUGAUACAUAAUUUGUUGAGUAAUGUUUAUUAUUUAAGUAAUAGAAUAUAGUAUAUUACAUAGAUGA